UUGUUUUAAAAGUAGUCCAUGGGGAUCCAUGUUUGCUGAUGAGCACAGGACUUGCAUGUCAUCGUAAUGCUGGUUGUGCAUCGCCUUUAUUCUGUUUUACAAAAGAGUUACCAAUGGUGCACUUGAUGUUUUUAGGAUUUGGUCCACGAGGGAGAAGAAGUAUCUUUUCCAUCAUAGUUAUUGCUAAGUUUGUAAUAAAAACUUUCUUUGUUUUGUAACAAUUGAUGAUGAAGCUGCACAACAGUAGGUGUGUUGUCAGCUCUGCAUAUUUUACCUGUUCCCUGAUCUGCAUAGCCUUUGGUUUGCUCAUUUAAAAUGUGGUGCUAUAUUUUGGUUUCGUAGGUUAGUUUGAGAAAAGUGUUCACAAUCAACAAUUAAUUUGAUUUUGGGAGAAGAAAACACCCUUUUGAGUAAUUCUUAACUGAUUCGCCUGAAGCUGGUGCUUCCCUGAUGCACCAUAACCAUUGCAUGGUUACUACACACCACGCAUCACGCAUUUUCAUAAAGAUUAAGCUUUCCACUAAAGUUGAAAUACCACUUUCUCACGUAAAGUAACCUGGAGCAUUUCUAAAAAGUCUGAAAAACAACGAAUCUCCUUUAAACUCUCCCAAAGUUUAGUAUUCACCUAAUUAGGAUAAAACUCCCACAUUCCUACAUAAGGGUGUCGAAAGCAAACAUUUACCAUAUUUGUAUUUUUCUAAAAUCAGUUUAAAUAUCAUUUCCAAACACAUGUUUGGGGAAAUACAAAACAAGCAAUCUUUACAAAAGUCCUGGAAUAUGGGUGUCCGAUCGUUAUGGCCUAACCGAAAAAGAACAAAAUGUAAAUCCAGAAAAAGGGACUCUGUAAGUCCUUGUAAGCAUAUGACAGGAGUAAAAGUAUAUUCUGUCAACUAAAAUUUUGAAUAAGACGAUGUUUAUGUUCUAUAUUUGUAUGUGGACCAACACGGCAAAUUUUUUUGAUAACAUACCAUGAAACAAAACCGAUCAACCAAACUGUAGUAGUAAAAUAUCAAUUUUUCCUCCCUCGUAUUUGUCUUUUUAAUGCUUUUCUAUUCCAGGAAACUUCGAAGAACAUAUUGGAAAUUGGAUAUCCAAGAGAUGACACUGGAUAUGAAAAUUCACCUCAAUCAGAGUCUAUUGACCUCCCCCAAUACAGGCGAGCAACACAUGUGUUCGCAGCAACCAUUACUCACCGACAGCUUUGAUUCUGUUCACUCAUCUUUACCUCCUGGCUUUGCCACACUACUGACAAGUUGUUCAACAGAAAAUUUGAAAGAGGCAUCCGAACCAAUGGAAACAGAUUUCAUGUCCCAAAUCAUGCAGAGAUACUUGUUGGAUUCUUUUGAUUAACUGGCUCAAAGUAUUUGUUAGAGUCAGAACCUAUAUCGAGUAAUUUGAUUACGCACUGGAUUGUAGAGAUAUAUGGACCGCGAAGAUGAUAAGCCCAACAGUGCCAUCUAUGUUCAACAAGCUAAUGCAUGAAGUGGCUUGAUGAGAGCUUUAACAGUUUGGUUGUCUCCAUUUCGUUCGACAGUGUGGCCAAUCUAGGAGUGGACCACAUGAAGGGUUUUUAUUUAUUUUUAUGUAUUCAUGACCAUUUUCAACUUAUUGUUGUAAAUAUUAUAUAUUUUUAUUGUAAAGGAAUACAAUUUUUGUUUAAUAUUCAUUUUUAAUUG